AUGGAGGUCGUGAUCAGCGGCAACUCAGGUGGGGUGGGGGGCAAUGAAACUGUCCAUGGGCUUGCAGCGCUCUUGACAAAUCCGACUUGUAAGAAGACCUCUCCGGAGAAGGUCAUGGGCACAGUGCUUGAAGAGACAUCAAUGAGUGGAAUAAUCACAACUGCCAGUGGUUUUAACAGCGGGGCCAAAAAUGGAUUGGGUGUGACGCGCUCCAGGAAAGCUAAGCCAAAGUUGGACUCUGCUUGCUUUCUGUCCCUUAAGAGUAGUAACAGCGACAGAGGCAGAUGGACACCGGGGAUCCAGACCAGUAAAGUUGACUUUUGA